UAUUUCAAAUAAGGGAGCCCACGAGGAUGUUUGGUGUUAAUGCUAUUUUGCUCCGAGAUAAUGGCAGAGAAGUGUAUCUGGUGGUGAAUGGUAAGUGGAGCGAAGAAAGCCAAUCUACUUGUAGACAAGUUUUGGGUCAGCCUUGGAAUGCCUCGCCAACAUUUGAGUUAGGUGAAGAAGAACCGCCGAUAUACAGUGUCCUUAUGAACUUUGUCUAGUACGCGCUUUGUAGCACUAGUAUUAAUUUCUAACUUUUCCAAUUACCCUGUUGCUCACUGAUAAUUCAAAUUUUGUUACAAACACACUUAUUCUUCUGUGGUCGAAGUUUGGUAUGUCGCAAAGUGUCUUUGUCACAAAUAUAUUAAUCAUAAACCUACGUAAUUCUAACUUCUAAGCAACUUUAACUUAACAACUGCUAACUGUAGACUUUAAAAACCUCAACCGGCAUCUGUCACUCAUUUUGUCAGGGAAGCAACAGAAAUAACACCUACAAUUCUGUAAAGUGGUCAGCAAAAACUCCGCAUACGAGGAAAAAGUGUCUAUAAUGGUCAAGUGUGGGUUUGCCCUUUGGACUUUCAUUGCCGAAGUUUUGUUAUUUGGAGUCCUUGGUCUAUGCCUCUUCUGGAUAUUUUAUUAUGGCGGUGGUGUUACUUGGACCAAUGACGUCACUAAACAAUUUAAUCUUCAUUACGUCCUCAUGAUUGGGGGGUUUAUAUUCUUUAACGGUCAAGCAAUCCUUGCAUAUAGAUGUUUGUCUUGCUAUAAGAAGAUAUACACCAAGGUAAUCCACACAUCAUUUUUCGUUUUUGGCAUGUCAUCGAUCACGGUCGGCUUGGUGUCAGCAAUUCAAGGUCAUAACGGCGCCCAAGAUCCCAAGCACUUCUACAGUUUACAUUCCUGGAUCGGCCUUGCAACGAUAGGAAUGUUUGCUUUACAGUUCCUUGUGGGGUUUAUGUCUUUUCUGGUAUUCUUAUGUUGUGACAACGCUACUGUGAAGCUGAGACAGCGUCUGUUACCGACACACAUUACGUUCGGACUUAUCAUCUUCGGGAUGGCUAUAGCCACUUGUCUAACGGGCCUGAUGCAGACAGCUCGACACAUGCUGAGUGGAACAAUCGACAAACAGAACUACGAAGAUCUGCCAGAACAAACACUAGUCAUCAAUAUUUUAGCUGUUUCUUUAUUAGCUCUUGGUAUUGUGAUUAUAUACCUGGUUCGGAACAACAGUUUCAAACGCUCUGCUACACUCAUCAUCAACUAAAUUCUACAUUUGCUUCAAUCUUUCCAUCAACUGAAUUUUAAAAGUCACUACAAGUUAACCGAGUCGAGUUUAAUUCAUUUGAACACUACCAGAACUAGUUCGUUAUUGGAAACCAACAUUGAAAUUAUUUCAACUAUCAACUAAAUAAAUCUCGACAAUAUGGAGUACUCUCAUAAUCAAAGAAUCUCAGAUAUAAAUAUUAGACUUUUUAUUAUGUGAAGAAAGAAAAGUUAAAAUUACCAUCAACUAUAAAUAUGGACUCACAUAAUAUGGCUCAUUAUCCAGAGAAGCUUGGACUGUGGUGUUACUAUCAUCAGUUAUUUAAACCUAAAUUUAAACAUUACUUUCAUUAUGAAUUGAAUCUCAAGAUUAAUAUAAACUUAUUUCAUUAUUAAGAUCAAUUUAACCUAGAUAUGACUACUCUCCUUAACAUCUAAAUUUCUGUAUCUACUGAAUCGUGCAUUAAUGAUACUCUAAUAGUUGACCAUGUGACUAAAGGUCGUUGAACUCUACGAACUUAGGAAUUGAACAUUAACUCAACUUAUCUUUAAUUAAGAAAAACAAGAAAGAAAGGAAAAUUUUUGUAAGAAUUAUACACUUUAAAAGAAAUCAAACUUUACUUAUAGCUACUACCUAAAUACUUAGUAUCUGUCGUUUAGCAAACCCGCCUCCCUAACCUAUAAAUAUUGCCAAUACUUGAAUCGUACCAUAUUUGGUUUUCAUUGUUACAUAUAACAGUUAACGACUAAGCAGAAAUUUUUAAAUUUCUGUCCAGGAAAGUACAUAAAAAAAACAUUAUCACACGUGAAUGUUUUUCUUCUUUCCAUAAGAAAAAAACUCAUUUUUCAAUGCUUAAUCAUUCACUGAAUUUGCCCAGAACAUUCCCAAAUGAAAACGAAAAAAAGAAGAAACUGACUAUUGCUCGCACUAUCUGCAGUUAAUACAUUUAGUACUCUUUUUUUAAUCCAUCUGGGUUGUUCAGUUGGCGCCUUUUUGACAGUUCCGACAGGCCUGCCAACCACCAGGCAAAAAAAAAUGUUUAAUUUGUCCCUAUAUUUGUAGUUCUGUACUGUUUAAUACCGAUAAAGUCGUCGAGAACUAGUUUUUAGUCGUCGAGACCACACUCAAAAUUUUAUGUGAACCUCCACUAGCACAAAGUUGGAUAGCACUGGUAUGCAUCAUUUAUAAAAGUAACAAUUUUCAGUGUUGCAAACAGAACAUUUCAAUUAAAUAUAUUGCAGUAUUGUAUCACGUUUUAAAUAUUCUCCUCUACACUAUACAACAAGCUUAAACACUUCUUUGCAACGUAAUGUAAUCAAAAGUAAAUUUAAGUUAGGUUAUAUUCAUUAGAAUAUAAUAUUUUAGAAAAAUUGGCUCUUAAAUAAAAUCCACCAGGAUUGUAAGAAAAUAAGUCUCCUUCCUAAAAAUAUGACAUAAUUAUGUAAAUCAUAAACUUCAAAACACCAUAUUUAUUUACUAAUAUUACUUUCAAUAUAAACAGAAACCAAAAAAAAAUUAUCACCAACUUUCAUCGUUGAUAAUUCACGUCACAAGAACUCUGGUGUUCUAAUUAAAUUGGUGUUGUAUUAAACUAGUAUCUUUUCACUAUUUCUCAUUAAGCAAUCACUUUUUCCCAUUUGAAUGUAAUCGAAUUGGUUUAUAUUAAUUUCCGUCUUACGAAUCUUUCUUUAACCAAAAAAAAUUGUAUAGGACGAUAAGAGGAUUAAUUUGGAGGAACAAAUAACUUGUUAAAAAUACAUGAACAUAGCAUUAGCGAUAACUUUUUGUUCUAAAUUUGUUAAGCUAACGUGAAGCUUUUAUAAAUAUUGCAAAAAAAAACGUUUUUAUUCAACACAUUUCGAGAAUGUAGUGUUUAUUUUGUAUUCACUGCUACAAAAAUUCUUUUGUACUUUAAAGCAACGGAGCAAAAGUUUGUUUUGCAGUUACACACAAAGCUACAGUUUGUUUGUUUUUGUUUGUUUUUUUAAUUAUGCACAAAGCUACACAAGGGCUAUCUGUGCUCUGCCCAUCAUAGGUAUCGAAACCAUGUUUCUAGCGUUGUAAGUCUACAGACAUUAUUCCGUGCCACUAUAAGGCCGAGACAAAAGAAAUUAAGAGAAAAAUACAAAUAUUUAAUAAAAUGAACACUAAGAUGCAUGUGAAAACCAACUAAGUUGGGUCAUGGAAUAAGAAAACUAAAACCUUUACGAGAAAAUUGUGGUUGUAAACACUUCAGAUUAGGAUUGUUUGUGCGUCUUUCUUAUCUGUAUUUUGUAAACGACUUAUAGCAGUGUUUCUUUAAUUAGUUGGACUGAUAUCAGUUAACAAGAAAAUGUGCAUAACACUUCAAAUGUACACUCUUAUCGGCAAUUGAUGCAUAUCUCAAACAUGUUUAUUUCUUCUCUCUAAUGCACUACCAAAGUAUUAUAAAUAAUUGAUAUAUAUGUGUGCUUAAGCCUAAAACUAGUCUUCCCGUGAGUCAGCGGUAAGUUUAUGGACUUACAACGCUAAAAUUCGGGAUUCGAUUCCCCUUGGCGAACAGAUCACAGUUAGCCUAUUCUGCAGCUUGGGACUAAAACAAACAAAGAAGAUAAAUCUUAACUGCAUACGAAUAAAACAAAAUUCAUUAAGCCACAAUAGACAUAAUAGUUUUGAGAAGGGUAAUCCGUGGUAAUGAUGUGCAAAACAAUUUUUGAACGGAUAAGAGUCGCAGCUAUGUGUAAACUAUAUUUCUUAGUACUAUUUUAACAAUAAAAAAUAGACUUUCUUUUAUAUUUUCAUAUAUAUAUAUAUAUAUA